AUGGCGCUCGUGCUACCUAUCGUCGGCAUGCAGAUUUUCGCAGUUAUCAGUAUCCUCGUGUUCCACAGUGAAAGCCCUCUCGUCACGAAACGCCAACGAAGACCAUACGUAAUAAGCAGUUGUAUAAUCCUGGUGCUCAGCACAUUAGGGAUAUCGAUUGACUUGGUGAAGUUUGCGAACUUCAUCAUCAGAGUGGCCGAUGGGAGGGCAAGUGACCCAGGGGCGGAUACUGCCUGGUGGGCUCUGAUGGGGGACGUCUGCAACUUCCUGGCCGUUGUAUUCGGGGAUGCAGUUCUGGUUUAUCGAUGUUAUAUCAUCUGGAACGAUAGGAAAUGGGUCAUCACCGUCCCCGUUCUACUUCUUCUAUCUUUCAUUGCCCUUGGAAUUGCAUCUGCAGCCUACGACCUCGACGACCAUAAACACGACAUUGGCUUCACUUCAGCCUGGCAUUUCGCGUCUGCGGCGCUGAAUACAGUCGUAACCGCCCUGAUUGUUGGGCGCCUAAUCCAUUCACGCCGAAGACUCGCAAAGCUCACGAGCGCAACCAAUCCUCGGAUGUACACUGGCGCGGUCACAAUCUUGGUUGAAUCAGCUCUACCUCUAACAGUGGUUGCGACUCUGUCAGCGAUCAUGAACCCUCCUAGUUUGAAGAUCCCCGAGUCUUCCGUGUUCACUGCUCUUUGGGUGGCAACAGCGAGUCUUACUGCCCACCCAGCCAAAGUAUCCGCUUUGCUGUUCGUCAUGUCAGGACUGCGGAUAAAACGGCUGAUAGAGCAAGUCUAG